GCUACUAGAGCUAACAGCACGGAAAGGAGACCCACCACAUUUCGAAUUUCAAUACAUCGCCAAACGCCGGAGUGGAGACACGCAGAUUUUCUCUCGUAGUGGAUGCGCGUUUGUUCGGGUUGUGUGUGCUUUUUCAGUGGGAUUCGGAAGAGAAUCUGAAGGGACAACAGGUUUUCGGUGCCCUAUUAUUGCUUCGCAGGGCUUUACGGUGAUAAAAAGACUAAUUCGAAUGUGCUUUGAUUAGUGUAUGUGAGCAUAUUUAAGGUUAUUUCCGGUAAGACGAAGAUAACUGCCAGCUUGGUCAUUAAAUAAAAACAAGCGUGCGAUGACCACGCUAAUUCCAACGUCUCAACCCACUGGGGUUGAGGCGUACGAGGACAUGUUCAAAGAAAUAACACGUAAAUUAUACGGAGAAGAAUCCGCACAUGGUCUCUACCCGCACAACACCCAGGUGGUACAGGUAGCCCAGCUGGGCUCUGGGGCUCCAGCGGCACCGGAGGGUGGGGAACGUUCUUUCACCACUCUUGUGUCGGACCGCAGUCUAACACAAAUCGACUACGAAACCACAACAGUGAGUGAUCAACAGCAGCAAGGCGUUGCGGGUCAACAAGGACAACCACAGCAGCAACCGCCGGGUGGCAGUUUUAAAACAGAGGAUCACCUAACGACGGCGUUCGGACUAGCUGCCCUCAUGCAAAAUGGUUUUCCACCACCAGGUGCCAUACUAAACCCGGUUAACUUUCCAGUUAGCACAGCAACGAAAACGAGCACAAGUGAGUUUGAACUAGAUAUUACAGCUGCCAACACAUCUGACGACCGUUGGCAGCAAACUCAGCAGCAAGCUGCCCCACAGGAGCAGCCCGGUGACCAAAUUUGGAACACGGGCAAACAUUCCUCGUCGACAUCAUUCUUGCAAAAACCGUUCAAAAAACCCAAAGUGGAACCACAGGAUAUUUCUCCCACUACAAACGGUACCAGUACACUAAACAUUCCCCAAGCUGGGACGGAUAAGAAAAGUAACUUCUCCGCGGCAGCAGCCGUCGGAGCAGCCACCGGCAAACGCUAUAGUUGUACUUCUUGUCCAUAUACGACUGAUCGUCGGGAUCUAUUUACACGUCACGAAAACAUUCACAAAGAGGAGAAACCAUUCCACUGCUACGCGUGUCUCAAGCAAUUCAACCGAGCAGAUCACGUGAAAAAACAUUUCCUUAGAAUGCAUCGCGAUAUGGAGUAUGAAAUCGCCAAGACUAGGCGAACGGUUAGUACGAAAAGCUACUACAACAACGGUACCACCAGUAGCAAUAGCAAUGUUGCAACGGUCUCCGCCCCUACUCCCGCUCCCGUGGUUUCUCAGCCACAAACCAUUCAAGCCAACACACUGAACAUUCCGCAGGCUGCUUUCCCAACACAGAUUACUAUUCCAUCUCACCAUGUGACCAUUGAACAUUCCACCGUUAAUACCUCUACAAUUAAUCACACCAUCACGACACUGAACGGCGCUCUAAAUCAUGUCACACAACUUCAAAACCAGCAGCAGCAAGCACCAGCAACACUGCAACACCAACAACAACCUCAACAAACGGCACAAAUAAUCGUGGCUCCCCCGAUAGUUGCCAUUAAGCAGGAGAAAGGAAGUGCCAUCGUUACGAACAACAAUAACAGUAUGAACAACAACAUCAACAGCAGCAGCACCACCAACAACAACAACAACAUGGUUGAUGAAAAACCGUUCGCCAAAAAAGGCAAGAGCGAGAAACGUUUCACCUGCUGCUACUGUCCGUGGUCCGGUGCCGACAACUGGGGCCUCAAACGCCACCUAAACACCCACACGAAACCGUUUGUCUGCAUGCUGUGCGACUACAAGGCGGCACGCUCGGAACGCCUCGCGACGCACGUCUUCAAGGUACACAACAAGAAAGCCUGCAACAAGUGUAACUAUUUCGCGGAGGAUCAAGCACAACUGAACACACACCAGCUGGAAGCCCACCCCAAUGAUUCGACCGCUAAGCCUCCGAAAGUUACCGGUGGAAGUACGAACGACACCCCCGCGGGUGGAGCCACUUCCGCUAGUGUAACGGGGAACGUUUUACGGAAUUUAGGCAAUACACUCGUCCCGAAUAAUCUGCAUGGAAACACGAGUGGGAACUCGUUCGGAGGUACCAGCAACACUAACAUUUACCAUACGACCGCCAUAACAACAAGCACGAGCAGCGGCAUGAACGCAAACAUUCUGACCAACAGUAACGCAUCCAACCUGAUCGACACGAUCAACCAGCAUUUGGCGUCUACGACUGGUGGUGCUGGCUCGGGAAACGGGUUGGGUGGAGGGGUUGGACUGGCGGCCACCCCUCAACACCACAACCACCACCACCAGCAACAACAGCAACAAUUACAACAACAGCAGCAGCAGCAGCCGCCGCCGCAACAUCAGUCGCAGCAGCAGCAACAGCAGCAUCAUCUGCAACAACAACAGCAGCAUCCGCAAACCAACCACCACUGGAUAGCCAAAGUAAAUCGGAAACGAGGAGCUGAGCUUCUCUUCAGCUAUCUGGAGGCGGACGGAAGUGACUCGGAAGACUAUGCCCGCCUACUCAACAUGCAAGCGAUUGGGCGCAACAAAGCUUCCGUCACGCAGGAUUUUCAUAACGCGGGAGGCGGAAACCAUUACGUUAGCAACAACAGCAGCAGCAGCAACAGCAGCAGUAGCAGUAACAGCACCAACAAACUUUCCCUGCUAGUAGCAGCAUCCUCGUCGGCAUCAUGUUCACCAUCGUCCUCACCGCCCUGGUGUUCACCGACGCUGACAACAGCUGCCGCCGCGGCCAUCAACGAUUGCUCAACGACACAAAACCCACACAAUACGAAGGGCAACCCAGCGGCGGCCACUGGCCUGACUGAGGAGCAUCUGUCACUGCUCCAACUCUUGGCCACGGCUGCCGUUGCCCAGCAGCAACACCUGCAGCAACAGAAGGCGACGUCAACGACCACCAACAUCACCACGCCGCCUCCCGCGAACCAUCCUCCACAGCAACCGAACCACCAUCAUCACCAGAAUAGUACAAAUAGUCAGAGUCAGAAUUCGACCGCUGAUGCCGGUUCUAAGCGACGUCGCAAAAGCAGUUCUCGUAAGGACAAGGAGAAUCAAGAGAAAAUCCGCCGUCGUCCACCACUAUCUCCAGUGACUGGCAUGAUCGGUGGUAGCCAGAAAAUUAUGGAUUUAACCAUGUCCUCGGCCGGCGGCCCUACCGGCAACGGAAUUGAACGAAACAACAACAGCAGCAACAAUAACAAUAGUAGCGUUAACAAUAAGAAUAUAAACGAAACUAUUUUUGAUAGAGUGUAUAAGAAGCCGUACAACAGUAUGAUGUAUUUAGCGAGCGCAUUCUGUAAACCGAUUAUCGAGAAAGAGGAGAACGAACCAGUCGAAACCAAGGAAACUUUCUCAUUGGCCGAGUUCCUGCGGAACCAUAAGGAAGUUUCCAUUAGCACUUUGUCACCUGGCAGCAACAAACCCACUGAAGAUGAAGAUGUGGUUUUUAUCAAGGAGGAUCAGAGUCGGCUUCACCGGAAGCAGUCGGAGUCAAAGGUGGCAGAGCUGAAUGCCGCACCAGAUGAUGCUACCCAAAUCGGAGACAUUCGAGACAAACACAUGAUCCGGUUGAUCACACGUCGCCUUUGCUGUCGCAUUUGCCAGAACCAACAGCGGUUGGAGCAUCUGGACAACUCUCACUAUCACAGUAAGACUUCCUUGAUAUUGCACACCCGCUGGCGCCAUGGUUCGGUGUCCGGUUGCAAACAACGCUGCAAACAUUGCGGAGCCCAGUAUGCGCAACGCUACAAGCUAAUCCUACAUCAAAGACUGACCCAUCGCAACCUGAAGGUAGGCAAGAAGGUGCGCUUAACGGAGAAAAUUUCAGCUCCAACGAAAAAAGCCGAUAAAAAAUCAAGUAAAGCGCCGAAACAACGCAAGCAGAAAAAGCGCAAACAAAAGAAAGGUCGAUCGGGUGGUAAAAAACGUAAAUAGACCAGAUCGAUGUGUGAAGAAAGUUUCAUUUAUUAUAAUUUUUUUUUAAAUCGGUUAUAACAAACCCUAUGUACAGAUUACUAUAUUUCAACUGCAGAGCAAUCUUGCGACCUAGCCAGGCGGAUAAUGAAUAGCUAUUCUACUAGCGUUGUACUACAGAGCAAGUAAAGGAGUUCGGUGUGUGUUUUCGCACAAAUAGUUUUUACACUUUAUUGAACGAAAGUUCUUUUCGUUGCGAAAAAUUCAGCUCAAAACUCAAUCCGGCUUAGCCAAGUGUGCAAUCUUCUUACCCUAUGUUAAAUUUCAAACACUUCAGCAAUCACUAACGCUGGCAACAACGUACAAACACGAAUGGGUUCGAUUUAGCUCAACCUGAUCAAUGAGAGCAAAGUACAUUAUUUUUUAUCAUUGGCAGCAACAUUAAUACAACUACAAAAACAAACAGAGAGAACAUUUUUACAUUACUAAGCCAAUGUGAGAAGUAAACAUUUAUUUUUUUCGUUAGUUUUUCGACAGUACGAUACUAAUAUUAAACAGAAGGAAUUAACACGUGUCAUACCCACAUCAUGUGGGCAAAAACAGAUGAGAAAAAAAAUCCAGAAAAAUACAAGAAUACAAUUAAAUAAUUAUUAUAUAUUAUUGAACCUGUAUUGAUCAAUGUGAACUCACAAUAAAAUCUCUACAGGUAAAAAAUCGAAAACUUAA